CGUCGGUUCUCUUUGGGCCGGCAGAGGAAGCGAGGAGGGCCGCCGAGUCCUGAUGGUGUUGACUGGACGAAGAAGAAGAAGAAGAAGAAGUCCACAGCAGACGCUCCCGUGACGUCAUCUAAGAUGCACAGCACGCAGAAGGACACCACGUACACCAAGAUCUUCGUGGGGGGUCUGCCCUACCACACCACGGACUCCAGCCUCCGGAAGUACUUCGAGGUGUUCGGGGAGAUCGAGGAGGCCGUGGUCAUCACCGACCGCCAGACCGGGAAGUCCCGAGGAUACGGAUUUGUGACCAUGGCUGAGCGCUCGUGUGCCGAGCGAGCCUGCAAGGAUCCUAACCCCAUCAUCGACGGCCGCAAGGCAAACGUCAACCUGGCCUACUUGGGAGCCAAGCCCCGCGUCAUGCAGCCAGGUUUCACUUUCGGAGUCCCGCAGAUUCACCCUGCGUUCAUCCAAAGGCCUUACGGCAUCCCGGCCCACUACGUGUACCCCCAGGCCUUCGUGCAGCCCAGCGUGGUCAUCCCCCACGUGCAGCCAGCCGCCGCCCCUCCCGCCGCCUCCUCGCCUUACAUCGACUACACGGGAGCGGCCUACGCGCAGUACUCCGCCGCCGCCGUUAGCGCGGCGGCGGCGGCAGCGGCGUACGAGCAGUAUCCAUACGCGGCCUCCCCCGCCCCCGCCGGCUACGUGGCCACCGCCGGCUACGGCUACGCGCUCCAGCAGCCCCUGGCCGCCGCCGCCGCCCCGGGCGCAGCCGCCGCCUUCGGCCAGUUCCAGCCGCAGCAACUUCAAGCCGACCGCAUGCAAUAGCGGGAUGCUGAUUGGUCGGCUGAGAAGCAGGAAGUAGACGACGACGUAGCGGCCAAAAAACAAGCAAAAAGUGCUUUUGUCAUCAUUGAUAAUCAGGGAAAUGUUUGACGUCUGUCAGGAGCCUUCCAUCGAUGCUGACCCCGUUGACUCCGCCCCUUGACCCCCCCCCCCCCCCCCCCCCAGCCUCCUUUGUCCUCCUGACCGACGCAAAGCAAGCAAAUAAACAAAAGAAGAACACAAAGAGGAAGCUGUGUUGUUGUGCUGGGAGGAGGGGCAGGGGGCGGGGCUAGUCGGGGUGUGGGUCGGACCGUGCCCCCCCCGCCAGAACCCCCCGCCCCCCUCCAACGCCACACAGACGGAUCACUCUGGAAGGUCGUUUGUUGACUUGUCACAUUUUAAUCCCAAGUUUACAGUCCGACAUGGAGCCCCCCCCCCACCCCGCCCCACACACACACCCCUGCACCCCUUUGCCCCCCUUGACCCCCCCCCCCCCCCCCCGGCCCAUGUCAGCACUUCCGCCUCUUUGCAAAUCUGCCCGGCAACCGCCCGCCUCAGUGCUCGACUCUCCACUUCCACCGCUUCUGACAUCCACUCUUUACAAAAGUAUUUAUUUUCUUGGAGGUAGUACGGCAUCAACAAUGGUACUGUGUACUCAUCUCAAGGCAUAUAUACAGUAUUUAUAUAUAUUUACACUAUAUAACUUAUUCAUUAGCUUUAGCCAUCGUUGUUAUGAUUUAUUAACAUACUCAACCAAAAAAAGUAGCUGUUUACUUUUGAUUUACAACUCUUCAGCUGGUGUUUUUUCAACUACAUGUCAACCAUUUUUCAACCAUGCCAAUUGUACUUCCACGUGGAAGGAAAACAGGCUAAUAUCCACUUUGACAAAAGAAAAUGUUUUUUCCAACUAUAUUUCAACCAUAUCUCAACUAUAUUUCAACCAUUUUUCAACCAUGCCAAUUGUACUUCCACCUGGAAAGAAAACAGGCCAAUAAUCAUUUGGACAAAGGAAAACGUUUUUUUCCAACUAUAUUUCAACCAUAUUUCAACCAUGCCGAUGGUACUUCCACCUGGAAGGAAAACGGGCUAAUAUUUAUUUCGACAAAGGAAAACUGUUUUUCAACUAUAUUUCAACCAUAUUUCAACUAUAUUUCAACCAUGCCGAUGGUACUUCCACCUGGAAGGAAAACAGGCUAAUAUUCAUUUUGACAAAAUAAAACGAUUUUUUUUUCAACUCUAUUUCAACCAUAUUUCAACCAUGCCGAUGGUACUUCCACCUGGAAGGAAAACAGUCUAAUAUUUAUUUUGACAAAGGAAAACGUUUUUUCAACCAUAUUUCAACUAUAUUUCAACCAUGCCAAUUGUACUUCCACGUGGAAGGAAAACAGGCUAGUAUUCAUUUUGACAAAAGAAAACGUUUUUUUCCAACUAUAUUUCAACCAUAUUUCAACAAUAUCUCAACUAUAUUUCAACCAUAUUUCAACCAUGCCGAUGGUACUUCCACCUGGAAGGAAAACAGGCUAAUAUUUAUUUUGACAAAGGAAAACUGUUUUUCAACAAUAUUUCAACCAUAUUUCAACCAUAUUUCAACCAUGCCGAUGGUACUUCCACCUGGAAGGAAAACAGGCUAAUAUUCAUUUUGACAAAAUAAAACCUUUUUUU